AUGUCAGAAAGGACUAGAAAAUGAUUUUAUCAAUUAAAAAGUUUUUCCUUUUGAUAUUAACACAUUACUUAUCAUACGUUUUGUUUAUUUAAUUAACUAAACAACACACACUUCGUAAUUGCUAUUCGUCAACGAUGUCAUUGUCGUUCCAUUGAAAAUUAAGGGAAGUUCAUAAGUAAAAUAUCAAAAUGAGUAAACAUAUGUAUUCCACUGCAAAUCUUUCGGAUAAAGAGCUGAAAGAGCAAGGAAAUAGAAUGUUUAGUAUGAGGAAAUACGAAGAAGCAAUAAAUUGCUAUAGUAAAGCCAUUAUAAAAAAGCCAGAUGUUCCUCAUUAUUUUACAAAUAGGGCACUUUGUCAUUUGAAAUUAUCUAGAUGGAAUGAUGCCUGUACUGAUUGCAGAAGAGCAUUAGACAUGGACCCUUGCCUUGUCAAGGGUCACUUCUUUUUAGGACAAGCUUUACUAGAAUUAGAAAGUUAUGAUGAAUCGAUAAAACAUUUACAGAGAGCUUCCGACUUGGCAAAAGAACAAAAAAUGAACUUUGGGGAUGACAUUGCAUCCCAGUUGAGGUCGGCACGUAAAAAACGGUUUUCAAUACAAGAAGAGAGGCGAAUUGCUCAAGAAAUUGAAAUGCAAACAUAUCUAACUAGGUUAAUUGAAGAAGAUAAGGAAAAACAAAUCAAGGAAAUAACAUCUGAUGAUGAUAUCAGAAAAGAGGAAAAGGAGGUUUUAAUUGAAGAAGCAGAAGGGAGAGCAGAAAAAUUCAUAAAUGAACUUAAUAAUUUAUUGAGCAAGGUUGAUGAUAGACGUAGAAAACGGGAGGUACCGGAUUAUCUUUGUGGCAAAAUUAGUUUUGAAAUUUUGCAAGAACCAGUCAUUACACCUAGCGGAAUAACUUAUGAUAAGAAAGACCUGGAAGAGCACCUGCAGAGGGUUGGUCAUUUUGAUCCCGUCACAAGAGUUAAACUUACACAAGACCAGUUGAUACCAAAUUUUGCAAUGAAAGAAGUAGUGGAUGCGUUCCUAGCAGAAAACGAGUGGGCUUUAGAGUAUUAGUACUUUUUUAAUUCCUAUAAGACUAUUAUUAUUAAAUUGUAUUGAAAUACAAGGUUAAUUUCAAAAAGACUUGAAAUGUGAGCUUAUUUUAUAUUUAUGUUAUGGUUUGUAUUCAGUUUAUUGCUUGAUUUUUAGCAUAUUUAAUAUUGUAGACUAACAACAGCUGUUGAAUUUUACUAAAACAUGAGAAUAAAUAAUUAGGUGGU